AAGUAACGCUGUCUGGCUUUGUUGCUUUUGUUUGUUCAAUAAAUCAAAACAAAUUUUUUAGUUAAAAUAUUUUCAACGGAAACGUUGACGUUUGUUGAGCGUUGCUAAUUUCACGUUAAGAACAGCUAUAAUAUAUAAUAUUUGAGCAUAUUUUCCAAAUUUAAGAACAAAAGAGUAUUUAAUUGACCACAAAGUGACGUGCUUCCAAGCAACUUUGGACCUCAACGAAAAUGCCACCCAAGAAAGGCAAAGGUAAAGGCAAGAAGGGCAAGAAAGAGGAGAAGAAAGAUCCAAAUAAGCUGACCAAUGUGGAUCGCGCCUUCUGCGAACUCACCAUAACUGAUCUGAAUCAGAAGCUCGCACGUCUACGCUCACAUCUCGCCUCGUUGGAUGACAAUAAUAUCAAUCUCAAGGAGAAACUGCGUGAAAUCGAAGAGGAUCACACGGAUGUCGCAGCGCAUUUGGAACGUACGCUCGGCGAACGCAACGAAACGAUACACGAGUUGGAGGAGCGGCUCACAGAGAUCAUCAAGAUACGCGAGGCGGAGAAUGCGCAAUCGGCAGAGAAAAUCAGAGAACUGGAGGCCAAAUACAAGUCCAUGCAUGAUCAGCUGACUUCCGAAAUUAAGCUACUCAACGGUAAAUUGAACUCGCUCGACGAAUUUCGCGUGCAACGUGAUUUGUUGCUCUCGAAAUUCGACGAUCAGGAGACAGAGUUAAAGGAGAAAGAGCGCGCACACAUCGAAAUGAUGUAUGCAAUGGAACAGAAAGCGGUAGUGGAAAAGGAUGCGCUGAAGAAAGAGGUGGAAACUAAGCUGCUGCAGGUAUCAGAGGACUUCACACGCUCCAGUGAGAUACGUAAUGCCGGCUAUACGCGACGUUUGAUACGUGAGAAUAUCGCACUGCAGAAAGAAAUCGACAUCUUAGUGCUGUCGCAGAUUAAAAUGCAGCAGCAAUUCAAUGAUCAGGUGGUACGCCACAAAGAAAUGGCCGAGCAGUAUGCAUCAAUGGAUCAGCUGAAGAAGCAGCUGAUACGCAACUCGCAGAAUAAGAUUAAAAUUAUAGAGAAACUCACCGACAACUACGAGAAACUCAAAUCGAAGUAUGUCGAGGUAGCCAAGUAUCGCAAGUUAUACGAAACCGCGGUGAAGCGCGAUAUCUGCGAACGUUUCAACUUUAAGGAUAUGUCAAAGAAGAUGCGCCACUUGGAGCAACGCAUCGAGGAGCUCAAAAUGGAGAAAUCACGCUUCAUAGCGAUGCAUCAGCAGCAUGAAACGGAGAUACAGCGACUGCGUGAUAUCAUCAUACAGAUUAAGAGCACCGUACGUUCGGCCAUCGAUGCUAUUGAUAAACCUUGUGGUGACAAACAUGCAGUACGCGAGAGCAUGUCGCAGGAUGCACUACGUCAACUGCGCCGUCAUGAUCUGCUCACCGAGCUAAUGGAUAUUGUCAGCAGUCACUCCGACAAAUUGCCACCCACACCGUCGGCGCUGUCGAUUUCACGUACCACCUCCUCGGUCUAUCGUCCCGGCAAAAUGGGUUUCAUGCCACGCAGCGCCUCCUCACUGAUGGAAAUCUUCAAGCGUACCGCGCAUAAGGCUGCCUCCACGGAUGUUGUCGCCACCGAAUAUCAAAUACAACAGGUUGAGAGUAAAAUCAUCCCAAAGGCGCGUGAGCUGGGUGGUCAGAAUCUGUUCGAUGUGGAAAUGGGUUCCACUUUGUAUGUAUCAUCGUCGCACGAGGCCAUCGAGGCUGUUGUGCCGGUCGAGGAUGAGCAAGUUGAGGGUGAAGAUGAGGGCGAGUCAAGCAGCGCCGAUUAUGGUUCUUCUGUUGCACGCGCUACCACCAAACAGUCUGCAAUUACCACAGCGGCAGCUGAAGUCGAAACGCGCACGACUGAGCGUCUCUCAAUGAAGGUGCCACGACGUUCCGAAACGGCCGAAACGGCAACGCAGCGUGGCAGUGAAUCGGCUUCACGUGUCAUUUACGAUGUGGAGUAUGACGAAGGCGAUGAGGAAUUUUCGAUAAAUUUAUUUUAUUAAAAAUGUUUCAAAAAUAUA